AGAGAAGAGAUGUAUAGGUUGAGUAACUCAGUGAUUGGAUUUCUGAACCUCUUCACCCUUUUGGCUUCCAUACCCAUCAUAGGAGCAGGGUUAUGGAUGGCCAGAAGCAGCACUUCUUGUGAAUCCUUCUUGCAGACACCACUUAUGGUAAUAGGGUUCAUCAUUCUAGUGGUUUCCCUUGCAGGUUUCAUUGGUGCUUGCUUUAAUGUGUCAUGGGCUUUGUGGUUCUACUUGUUUGUGAUGUUAUUACUGACUACCACUUUAUUAGCUUUCACCAUCUUUGGUUUUGUGGUCACCAGCCAAAGUGGUGGUGUUCAAGUGCCUGGUCGGGUUUAUAAAGAGUAUAAGCUUCAAGAUUACUCUCCUUGGCUUAGGAAAAGAGUUCAAGAUCCUCAUUACUGGAGAACUAUUAAGACUUGCAUCUUGGGUUCCAAGAUCUGUACCAAGCUUGCCUUAUGGACUCCUUUAGAUUAUCUUGAGAAGGACUUGACUCCUGUACAGUCUGGUUGCUGCAAGCCACCAACUUCAUGCAAUUACGGGGUAACGAUGUUGGCACAAGAUGCAGAUUGCUAUAGAUGGAACAACAUGGCCAAUUUGCUUUGCUAUGAAUGUGACUCCUGCAAGGCUGGUGUACUCGAGGAUGUGAAGAGAGACUGGCAUAAGCUAUCAGUUCUUAAUGUGGUUAUGGUUGUCUUUCUGAUUUGCAUCUAUUCCAUUGGGUGUUGUGCGUAUAAGAACUCCAAGAGAUAUGAGACUGACUACCCUUACGGUGAGAAUAGAAUGAAAAGAGUAGAACCCAGAUGGGAUUUCUAUUGGAGGAGAUGGUGGCGCGAUAGAAGAGAUUUUCUUUAUUAAAUCUCU